UCACGCGCUCCACUUUUUUACUUUAUUUUAGCUUCGCGAGCAGGAGAGACAAACAGCUGUCAGAAGGCCCUGCGACUACAAAGACAGAAAACAUGAAGGCUGUCCUGUGUUUGGCUGUUAUUGCAGCUUUCUACUGCGCAGUGGAGGCGAAAUACUCUCCACCAAAGACUCAGGUUUACAGCCGUAAUCCUGGAGAGUAUGGAAAGGAAAAUGUCUUGAUCUGCCACGUGAGUGAUUUCCACCCCCCUGACAUCACCAUCACACUGCUGAAGAAUGGGGAUGAAAUUCCUGAUGCCAAGCAGACUGACCUGGUCUUCAACCAGGACUGGCACUUCCAUCUGACCAAGCACGUUGCUUUUACACCAAAGGAAGGAGAAAAGUACACCUGCAAAGUCACUCAUGGGCAAGACACAAAAACCUAUGGUUGGGAGUCAAACAUGUAAACACCAAUGGGGACCAAAGAGUGUCGCAUCUGAUUCACACAGCUGCUGAUCGGUCAUAUUGUCCCCGCUAUGGAACAUCUAUCCUUCCUGUACAAUCAGAGUCCACCGUGUAGCGUCAGAUUUUUUUCUUCUCAUCAGAAUAAUUAUCAGUAACAUAUUAGGCAACAGUAAUUUCUCAAUAUUAUUUUGGUAUGACUGCGAGUGAUGUAGAGAUUAUAAAAAUUUAGGGUGUCACUUUUUGCUAGUUUGCCUUUGACUAAGUGGAUUUGCUCAGCUGUAAUCACAAAAGCCUCGUUUGUUUCACCCUGUUGUAAUAUUUUUCCAUAUGUGAGGGGUUCUUGGCUAUUAUGCGAUAAACUGUUUUUAUACCUAAAUGAGUUUCUCAAAUGAUAGAGUAAUGGGUUAUAUGUAGGUGUGUAUGUGUGUAUACAUGUAAAAUAAUAAAAAUUCUU